AUGGCACACUUUGUAAGGCCUUCUCACCUUCUUCUCUUUGUUUUCUUUCUCUCAUCACUUGAAUCCAUUCUUGCAACAAGACAAGAGGGGGAAGCUCUUGUGAAGUGGAAGAAUAGCCUAGCCCCUUCUUCUUUUCUCCACUCUUGGUCACUCACCAAUCUCGAAAAUCUUUGUAAAUGGACUGGCAUUACUUGUAACUCUGCAGGUUCAGUCUCUGAGAUUAACCUUUGUGAGAAACAACUUGAUGGAAUGCUGUCCGAGUUCGGUUUCACUUCAUUUCCAAAUCUCAAGAAUCUCACCCUGGCAGACAACUUCUUCUCAGGUCCAAUACCACCAGCCAUUGAGAAUUUAACACAGCUUCAAUAUCUUGAUUUAAGCAUGAAUAGUCUUAAUGGUCCCAUUCCGUUCCAGGUUAGCCAUCUUCAGAGCUUGCUCAUCUUGAACCUGUCACAGAAUGCAUUGCAAGCUCCAAAUUGGUCCCAUUUCUCUCCCAUGCCUUUCUUGCGCAUCCUCGACCUUAGUUUUAAUAAUCUUGUGUCGAAAUUCCCAGAAUUUAUAUCCAAUUCUCAUAGCCUGACUCACCUUAACCUUUCAAAUAACAAGUUUACUGGUCAUCUUGUGCAUAAAUUUACCAAUCUACAAAAUCUUGAAACCCUCUACCUUCAGAUCAAUUCUUUUGAGGGGCCGUUUCCACCAGAUAUAGUCCAGCUUUCCAAAUUAAAACGACUCUCCCUGUCAUGUAACAAAUUUUCAGGUUCAAUUCCCAAUGACGUAAGGUUGCUUUUUGGUCUUGAAUCCCUAAAUUUAGGCAACAAUUCCUUUGAAGGACCGCUUCCACCAGAUAUAUUCAAGCUUUCAAAGUUAAAACGACUUGUUCUUUGGAGUAAUAAGUUUUCAGGUUCUGUUUCCAAUGAUAUAGGUUUGCUUUCUGAGCUUGAAACCCUCCAUCUUUACUCUAAUUUUUUUGAGGGGCCACUUCCGCCAAAUUUAUUCAAGCUCUCCAAACUAAAAGAUCUCACCCUGUCAAGUAACAAAUUUUCAGGUUCAAUUCACAAUGAUAUAAGGUUACUUUGUGAUCUUGAAGACCUAUAUUUAGCUAACAAUUCCUUUGAAGGACCGCUUCCACCAGAUAUAUUCAAGCUUUCAAGAUUAAAACGUCUUUUUCUUUGGAGUAAUAAGUUUUCAGGUUCUGUUUCCAAUGAUAUAGGUUUGCUUUCUGAGCUUGAAAGCCUCGAUCUUAACUCCAAUUUUUUUGAGGGGCCGCUUCCGCCAAAUGUAUUCAAGCUCUCCAAACUAAAGAUUCUUUCCCUUUAUGAGAAUAACUUUUCAGGUUUUAUUUCUAAGGAUAUAGGUUUGCUUUCUGGACUUGAAACCCUCUAUCUUGACUCUAAUUUUUUUGAGGGUCCGCUUCCCCCACAUAUAUUUAGGCUGUCCAAAUUAAGAGAUCUGGACCUCUCAUACAGUAGAAAUUUAUUUGAAGGAAGUAUUCCUAUUGGACUGGGACUCUUGACUAACCUCAGGUACUUAGAUCUAUAUUCCAAUAAUCUCAGUGGCUAUAUUCCAUCUGACAUUGGAAACCUGAAGCUACUAGAAGGUCUUAUUCUCGGUUCUAAUAAAUUGACUGGACCAGUUUCAAAGAUCAUUUCUAAUCUCACAAAUCUUAUAUAUCUUGAUGUAAGUGAUAAUAGUCUUAGUGGAAAUAUUCAGAGUGACUUGUGGAAAUAUAACGAUCAUCCAACUUUGGAAUACAUCAAUUUAAGUGGGAACCAUUUUACGGGUGAGCUUCCAACAACAAUUUGCAAUGUCACUUCCCUUUCGGUUCUUGAUUUGUCAAAUAAUGCGUUAAGUGGUGCACUUCCAAACUGUUUCGGGAAUCUUGCUGAUGGAUUGCUUUACAUUAAUCUUGCUCAUAAUCAGUUUCGAGGAACAAUACCAACUACUUUCUCCAGGAGUUGUCAGCUGACAUAUCUGAACAUGGAUGAUAAUGAGUUUGAAGGAUUGAUGCCCCCAUCUUUGGCGAACUGUAAGCACUUGAAAAUUUUUGAUAUUGGCAAUAAUAAAAUAGGUGGUACAUUUCCGUCAUGGCUUUAUGUACUUGGAGAGCUAGAAGUCCUUGUCUUGAAAUCAAAUAAACUCUAUGGUACAAUAAGUGGAAGGAGCAGUGAAGAUCCCUUCCCCAAGUUGCGGAUUGUGGAUCUGUCCAACAAUCAAUUCACAGGCCAUUUGCCAAUUCAAUACUUUAAGAAUAUGAAAUCAACUGAUAAUUUGUAUCGUUUCCAGAAUGACACAAGAGUUUUUUCUUUCCAUUAUGAAGCAGCAGUCUCAUUAACUGUGAAGGGAACAGAGUAUGAAGUGAAAAAAAUCCUUCAUAUUUACACAACCAUUGAUCUGUCCUGCAACAAAUUUCAAGGAGAAAUUCCAGACGUUAUUGGAGAGCUUAGAUGGCUUGCAUUGCUCAACUUAUCUCAUAAUAGUCUAACAGGACCUAUCCCAUCAUUGCUGAGGAAUAUGAAAGAACUCCAAUCUUUAGAUUUGUCUUCAAAUCAACUGACAGGGGCUAUUCCACCUCAGUUAACUGCAUUGACAUAUCUAGAGGUCUUGAACCUCUCGGGAAACCAUCUUAGUGGAGAGAUUCCUCAGAAAGGACAGUUCAGCACAUUCAACAAUGAUUCUUAUCUUGGAAACUCCGCGUUAUGUGGAUCACCUUUGACGAAGAAAUGUGCAAACACAGCAUCACCUCCACAAGAAGUCGGAAAUGGUGAUGAAGAUGAUGCUGGUGAUGAAUUGACAUGGGAAGCAAUCGUGAUGGGAUAUGGAUGUGGACUGAUAUGUGGAUUGUCAUCUGCAUACAUUGUUCUCAAACUAGGAAAGCCUUGGUGUUUCAUUUUGUUUCCGAAUCUCAACUACUUCAACUUGAGCUACAAUAGCUUCACUGGUCUAAUACCCCCAGAUAUUGAAAAUUUAACAGAGCUGCAAUACCUUGAUUUUAGCUCUAAUAAACUCACUGGUGCAAUUCCGGACCAGGUGAUUUGGUUCUUGGUAAUACGGAAUCGCUCUAUCACAGAAGUAAUUCUUUUGAGGGGUUCUAUUCCUAAUGAUAUAAGUGUGCUUCGUGAUCUUGAGAUACUUGAUUUGUCCUCUAAUUCUUUUGAAGGGAUUAUUCCAUUGGAGCUGGGGUUCUUGAAUAAGCUGAGCUAUUUAUAUCUUGAUUCCAAUCAAUUGACUGGACCGCUUUUGAAGAACAUGUAUAAUCUCAGUAAUCUUAUUGAGAUCAACUUUAGUGGAAACCGCUUAACAGGUUUGCUAUUCAUUCUUGUUUUCUUCUUUAUGUAA